AUGAUCGGGGUGGGGAAGAUCAAGCAGUACUCGAACGUCCUCGAGAAGCCCCUCAGCAGGGGAAAGCAGGAGGUAGAAGUCGCUUCAUCUCUGUUCUCUUCCUUUCCUGCACUUUCUGAUUUAUUUUUGUCAUGUUUUUCUCUGUCGCCCUGGAAGACGCCAUUCGCUGUGAGGUAUUGUUUUGCGUGAUUUCUGCUGGAUCUGCCGUGCGUGACGGCUGAGGGGAUGAAAUCGGCUCUCUGUAAUUGAAACACUGAAUGAAAUGGGGAGACUGUGUUCCUUCUCGUCUACUGACGUUUUGAACGUGAUUUUGUUUAACUCGGAUGCUUUGGCUGAUUAUAUAGGUUUUUUACUAAAAAAUUAUCCACAUGUUGUUUUGGUCGGUGAUCCGACCUCUAUUGUCUGCUCUCAAGAGACGAAUUCAAGUAACCUGGAAUGGAUAGUUAGACCUCAUUUCACAAAACCUAUUAAUAUUGGUAUUAAUGGACUCGGAUAAUAAACAAAAAUCGAGAAAAUGGUUUCCACAUAAGCGUCCAAAGCCUUCCUCUUCAGGCAAAAUCUCCAAUGCAGUGAUGCAGCAGUAGGAGCAAAAUGAAUUUUCCUACCUGUGUAGGCUGUGCCAUUUUUUCCUAUUUUUUCUUGGUUAGCAUGCUAUCUCUUAUUUCAUUGACCAUUUCGUUCUACUUGACAUCUCAUAAGUCUGAUGCCAUGUUUUGUGCUUUAGGAUAGACUUAAUAAAGUUCUGCAUUUUGAUCUUGUAGGAGAAAUUUUCCCUUUUCUUUCUUUUUGCUAGAAAUAUUGGGCCAUCCAACCCAGAACCAAUUCGCUAUGAAUAAAGUGAGCACACCUAUAUAAUCAUAAGUUGACUUUUGUAACACAAGUUUGGGAUUGUCUGACACAUGCCCUCACAUCCAAGCUGAUUUUUAAGCUUUCUCAUGUAGAAAAUAUAAACAGAACGUAUUCACCCAAAGAGGAACCGUCAACUAUAAUAAUGUGUUAAUUUAUUACACCAAACCGAUUUAAGAUGAGUGGUGUAGGCCCAUAUUUAGAAGCAUAGGUUUAAUUUCGUAAGGACUAAUGCAAGGCUCGGGAGAAUUUCUUUUUAUAAACUUUUUUUUUCUUUUGACCAUUUUUCUGUACCAUCAAGGUUCUUGCCUUGUUAUUAACAUUCGUAUUGAGAAUCUCAGAUGUUGUAUCAAUAUUCGUUUUGUUUCAGGUUAGUCUGAGUGCCUUUGCAUUCUUAUUUUCUGAGAUGGUGCAAUACAAUCAGACACAGGUCGACAACAUUGCAGAAUUGGAGCGCAGGUAUUUUUCUUACAAGUCUGACUUAUUAUUAUUAUUAUUAUUAUUAUUAUUAUUAUUAUUAUUAUUAUUAUUAUUAUUAUUAUUAUCAUCAUCAUCAUCAUUAUUAUUAUUAUUAUUAUUAUUAUCAUUAUUAUUAUUAUUAUUAUUAUUUCUUUAUCUGUACCUCUGUGCAUUUACUGAAGCUUCUUAUCAAUGUUACCCCAACAUUGUCUUCCCUUGAUGGUUCUAUGGGAAACUUGUAUACCCAUUAACAUUUCUGGAAUGCAUAGGGCUUUGUUGUCCAGAAUAAACCUCUUGAUUGAUGAGAAGAUUUGUAUAAUGAUGGUAAUGAUGAAAGUAACAACCAAUUGACUCUGCACCUUUCUUAAUCAUUAGUACCAUGUAUUUUUUUUGUCCUAGGAGUUAUUUUCGACUGGUACAUAUUUCUAUGUAAUGUGAUAGCACUAACUAAUAGAAAAUUUUAUAGUAUCAUUUUAUUGCGAUUGCUUGGCUUUAUUGCUUAACCACUGUUUUUUAAGCAUUUGAAUCUUAACUUGUCUGCAUGGUUGAUCGUUUUCCCAUGUCUCGAUUUGAUCCAGAGAGUUUGUUGGUUUCAUUGUUAACUAGGAAACCAGGUGUGUAGGCCAUUUUAGAACCUGACUUUUCAGAGUCUCCUUAUGUGACUGAAAAAUGUUGCUUUGAAAAAACAAACCGCUCAGCUUUUUGGGAGAUAGUAAUUGAUUAUUCUUUUUAUAUAAAUGAUGUAUGCUCCCUCCCUUAAAUGUCCAGGCUAGAGGAUGCAGGAUAUUCUGUUGGUGCUAGAGUACUCGAGCUCCUUUGCAAUAGGGAGAAGGUAUACCUUGUUUGACAUGAUAUCUUGUACUAUUUUGGUAGCUUGGAUGCAUUGUCAGCAAAAGAAUAAUUCGCUAUAACUUACAAGGAACUCAGUAGUAAUACAUACCACGUUUUACCAUUUUAGUGUAUAUUCUCUGGAAGUUAUUUUAUAUACCUUGAUGAGGCUAAUCUUGUAGCAAGUCAAUGAUGUUGGCUUUCUGUUGCCACCUGAUCUUUCAAACUUGAUGAUCAAAUAUUAUAGUUCUAAAACAUGAUGAAACCGAUGACGGUAUCAAAUCAAUACAGCCGCCUAGGAAAUGUGGGCACCUAAUAUGAUGCUGAGAUUUCAUCUUGCUUUGAUAUUUCACUACGUACAGUCUCAGUCUUGCUAUGAAAUUGAGCAUCAAUGGUUGUCAUCACGUUUCAAGAACUUAUUGUGUUGAUUAUUGAAUUUUUUUGGCCUUGCGAAUUAUUUGCUGAAGAAUUAGCAUUGACUUCCUCUCCUGGUGCUGGUCAGGUAGUACUGAAAAACUGGGAGGAAGAUUGGGAAUUGGGUUGAGGAGAAAUCUUCUGUCUAUAAUAUGGUGGUGAUUUUAUUUCAUUCUCUGAAACUCAGUAAACUAUGCUUGAGUAAAGAGAACUGGCUCAUUCCCCACUUCCUGGUCUCUCAGGUCAGAUGGGGAGCCUAGAUAAUUCAGCAUGAAAACAACAGUGUACUUUUAGAUAGAAAAUAUUUGCAUUUUUAUUAUUUUUCAUUUCACAAAUUUUGAUAGUGCUUGAUAGUGGGAUUAACGAAUCGUGAUUUACUCAAUGAUAAAUCUUUGCAUCAUGAGAUUCUCACCAUAGUCAGUUUUAAAAAUAUUUUUUCCUCGUUGAACAUUUCUUUUCCUAGUCAAAGUAGAAAAGAAAACAUUUUAAUACGUUUUUUCUGAGUCACUGUCUGCUAUUUGUGCAUCUAGUUUUUUCUUGUUUGCGCUUGAUUACGAACUUUUGGUUUCAAAAGAAUUUUUAAAUUUUCACUGUUCUUAUGGAUUUUUUUUCUUUCCUCGUUUUUCCAUUCUAGAAUUCUCUUCAUUUUGCUUGUGUCUCAAACUUCUGACAUAGGGAAACAGGAGGGAGACACGACUGUUAGGAAUUUUAUCCUUUGUACAUAGUACGGUGUGGAAGGUGCUCUUUGGAAAGGUCAGUAUUACUUGUCUUCUGAAGUUUUUUUCACGAAGCAUAAGCAGUUACUUUCUUUUUACCUGAACUUCAGUGCCUCUGACUAGUAUUUUCACAUGAAUAAGAAGCUGUCAUUUUAUGCGCUCUGCAGGUCUUAAAGAAUGUAAGAGUCACCUUAAAAAUUGUCAAAUUGCGCUGAAUAUGCACUCAGAUGAGAGAGGAUAUUCGAGAUUCUUUUACUAUUUAUAUGGAAUUUGAGAUGUUAAGUCCUGGAUUACGUAUUGACACCAUUAUACAAAGAAUAGUCACACGUCAAUAAGAGUUUUACCGGUUUUGCCACUGAUUUGAACAUGAGUGAAUAGGCAAGGGAAAGGUAAUUGCCUGAUUUAAAGUGGUCCUAUUCAACAUUUUGCUUGCGCUAUGGGUUCCAUUUUUUAAUAGAAAUUGAAUACUAGUACAUGUGCAUCUGGGAGGUACGCGAUAGUUUUCAGGAAAGAUAUUGGCAUAAAUUUAACUAUCUUACAUCUGAUUAUCCGUUGUAAAGCUUUGUAUCUUGAUUCUAUUUAUGAUAUCAGAGAUCCAAAAAGGAGCAUUUUUAACUAGUUUGUCAUCCGUUGAUAGUGGGAGAAUCCAGCUUUGAAUGCUUUACCCUUUUUGCAAAUGGGUCGAAUACUUUGCUUCUGACAGAUUAAUCGCAGGUUGCCGACUCACUUGAGAAAGGAACUGAGCAUGAAGAUGAAUACAUGAUCAGCGAGAAGGAACUACUCGUGAACAGGUAUCAACAUGAACUAAUCAGAUCUUCGUGUGCUUUUUCAAAUAAUCCUGUUGUUCAUACCGACAAGCUGAGCUAAUUAUUUAUUUGACUGCGAAAGGUUUAUUUCUAUACCAAAAGACAUGGGCGCAUUCAAUUGUGGAGCAUUUGUAGCUGGGAUCGUAAGGGUAAAUGCCUCAUGCUAUAACCCCGUUCUCCUUUGAAUCUGCUGACAAAUGGAUAGAAAUCUAAAGGCUUUCAUGAUUUUUUGUAGGGUGUUCUUGACAAUUCUGGGUUCCCGGCUGUUGUGACGGCUCACUUUGUACCGAUGGAAGGGCAGCAGCGACCGCGUACUACCAUUUUGAUAAAGUUUGCCGAAGAGGUGUGUUCAGACCGACCCCCCUCCCCCCCCAGAUUAUUACUCACCUUUCUGUAUCAAGUAUCCUGCUAAGCUUUGUAAAAAAUAAAUAAAUUAGCAUCCAUUUUCUGCAUUUUCUCAAAUUAUUCUGCCAGAUUAGCUGUUCUAUAGAAAGGUAAGGAAAUAGUAAUGGUGUCAGAACCAGCAGUAGCUUCUGCCCUUAAGUUCCUCACAAGUAAAUCAUUGAAAAACACAGCCAAUUCCAUAUAUAACUCAGGGAUCGUGGAGAAAUCAGGGACAAAUGCAGCAUUUCAUGUGCUUACAAGAAAGUAGUCAGUAAACCCUUCCUGAAAAACCAGUUACAUCCUCUUCAGAAUACCUAAAUGAUCCUCUGUUGGCUGACAAGAUCAAGUGGAACCUGCUCUGAACUCCUGAUUAGCGUUCCCCGAAUAUGGGCAUGCUGCUCUUUGUCGGCUUUGCAGCUAGAAGCUUGAUCUCCCCAUGACGUAUGAGCAACCAUCCGUCUUUUCAGUGGGCCUUCAUCACUUUGACUAAAUUCUCAUCCCUGCCGUUAUCCUCUCAUCAUACGAGAGGAAGUGAGAAAUAAAGAUGAAUAUCCUGACUAAUCUUCUGGAGAAAACAUCCGAUAAUUCUUCAUAUCAGUUUCGAACCAGAUCUCUGUUUUGUGGUGCAUUUGUAUUUUUUUCUGUUGUUUAAUGCUGAAUUCGUCCGUUUAAUUGGGAUAAAUAUCAACCUGUGAUUACGAUCAUAUCAAGUGGGCAUCCAGAAACAGUAACUCCAUUACCUCUGAUUACUGUUUUUUUUUCUGGAAAUAUUUGCUUUUAUUUCUCACAUUUCUGGAAAUCUACGGCUAUAUUACCAUGAUCGAGUUCUUCCUUUUUUUUUAAGUUGGCAAAUAUCAGAUUUUGAUUCUGAUCGUAUCAAACCCACCAUUCAGAAGCUGUUUUUCAGUCGUCUCAGUUGAUGCCUCCGAUUAGACUCCCCGGCAAGCAAGCUCACCAUCUUCUUCUUCUUCUUCCAGGUGCUCCGGCGGGAGGCGAGACUAGGCUGA